GCAGCUGAAGAUGUCAAUGUAACAUUUGAGGACCAGCAAAAGAUCAACAAGUUUGCCAGGAAUACAAAUCGGAUGUCUGAACUUAAAGAUGAAAUCGAGGCCAAAAAGAAAUCCUUACAGAAUCUAGAGGAUGCCAGCGAUGACCUCAUGAUGUGUGAGGAUGAUGCAAUGCUGAUCCCGUAUCAGAUCGGAGACGUGUUCAUCAGUCACUCUCAAGAAGAGACGCAGGAAAUGCUGGAGGCAGGGAAGGUGACAAACCAAACCCU